AUGAUGGACCAGUUACCGCCGCCGCCACCCCCGCCGCCGACGCAGGCGUCGGUGAGUGAGGUGUUAAGCGACGCGGAGGCGGAGGUUUGUGAGUACCGUUCGUGGUUGUCUGUGAAACGGGUGCCUAUGGUCCGUGUGGAACACAUACGAAACACACAAACGCCAUUGUGGGCGAGCAAGAUCAACGGCGCGCCAUACAUCCCUAAGGCGGCUGGCACACACCCACGCGCCUGGAGGCUGCUUGUACAAAUCAACUUCGCAGACCUGCCACGACCCACCGAAAGCUGGCCGGGCGUACCAGGAUUGCCGGAUAAGGGCCUGCUGCAAAUCUGGUGGUAUGCUCACUCGUACGACCUCUGCGAAACAGGCGUAGUCUUUUACGAAGACGUCACUCACGAUCUCACCCAGCUACACACCACCUUCCCCUGCACCUACCUAGAUGCGCCGGUGGAGGGGGACACGGCGGAGCAAGGGACGGCGGAGGGAGAUGUGGCAACCAAGAACAGCGACCCCAACAGGACGGUUGAUAAGAAAACCAACACAGACGGGGUCGUGGACAAGGACACGGACGGGGGCGUGCAUGAUGAGGCUAAUGCGGACGCCGUGGUCGGACAUGUGGAAGACCCCGAGACCGGACUUGUCAAGGGGGGAGCAGAAGAGUUGGGGUCGUCAUUACCAAUUCAUGUAAGGUCAUCUAUGUUUUCGCCGCACGGCUAUAUCGACAAGGGACGGUUGGAUGAGACGUUGUGCAAGCCGGAUGUGGAUUGGUUCCCGGUUGCGUCGUGUGAAACGUCGCUACCAUACGAACUGAAAUUUGAUCGUGAUUUUGACAUCCCUAAUUUUACCUGCAGAGAUGUGUGGUCAUGCGAUGAGGAACUAAUCAACCACUUGUCGGACCACGUCGAACGCGUGGAACGUGGUACUCAUGGCGCACACGAACCGUUCGGGCACCGACUGUCGUCCUCUCAGUGCAAGAUAGGAGGCUACCCGUACUUUACUCAGUGCGACUCCGAAGAACGACCUGGAGUGCAUCUACUGCAAAUCGGAUCCUUUGGUGACGUUACUUUCGGGGACUCCGGCUUGGCCCACUGGUUCAUAGACGAGCAAGACCUCGUUAAAAAGAAGUUCGAAAAUCUAUAUUUUAUGUGGGACUGCUGCUAA